AUGUUGCUCGUCGUGGUCCGGCCACUGUCCGCUCAUCCUCAGUGUCUGGACUUCGAGCCACCUUUCAAACCGCCGUGGCACCUGGAGUUCUGCACCCAGUACGAGCUGUUUGGCUGCUGCGACCAGAACACGGACAACACGAUAGCGGAGAGGUACUGGGACAUUGUUGACCAGCUGGAUGCGUCGGGUCACGAGCUCUGUGAGGACAUGUUGAAGGAAAUCAUGUGCCAGGAGUGCUCUCCGUAUGCCGCCCACCUCUAUGAUGCCGAGGACCCCUACACGCCUGUCAGAGAGCUGCCUGGCCUCUGCUUCGCCUACUGCUCCGAGUUCCACGGCAAAUGUCGCCAUGCGGUUAAAUAUUUAACCGGGAACCAGCUGCUGCAGGACACGUCCGAGCGAGACGCGUCCACGUUCUGCAGCCUGGUCGACUUGUCCGACCGGGACUACUGCUACCCCAACGUCUUGAAGAGCCCCAACCUCAACAGCAACCUGGGAAGGGUGGCGGAGGACCCCAGAGGGUGUCUCCAGGUGUGCCUUACAGAGGUGGCCAACAACCUCAGGAACCCCGUGUUGAUGCUCCACAGCAGCGACGGCACACAUCGCAUGUUCAUCGCCGAGCAGGUGGGCUUUGUGUGGGUUUACCUGCGUGACGGCAGCCGGCUGGAGCAGCCCUUCCUGGACAUGAGCGGGGAGGUGAUGACGACGCCCUGGCUGGGGGACGAGAGGGGCUUCCUGGGCAUGGCCUUCCACCCCGAGUACCGGGACAACGGGCGCUUCUUCAUCUACUACUCGAUCCAGGUCAACAGUGAGCGGGAGAACGUCAGAGUCAGUGAGAUGAAGGUGUCUGCCCACGAUAUGAACAUGGCCGAUCCGUACUCAGAGAGAACCAUCCUCGAGAUCGUGGAGCCAGCCGCAAACCACAACGGAGGCCAGCUGCUGUUCGGUCUCGAUGGAUGUUUGUACAUCUUCACGGGAGACGGUGGAAAAGCUGGCGAUCCAUUUGGGAAGUACGGCAACGCGCAGAACAAGAGUACUCUGUUGGGAAAAGUGCUCCGCAUUGAUGUUGAUGGAAGUGACUCCAGUGGGCAGCAGUACAGGAUCCCCCCUGAUAACCCAUUCCUGCGUGACCCGGAGGCCCGUCCAGAGUUGUACGCAUACGGGGUCAGGAACAUGUGGCGCUGCUCUGUGGACCGCGGAGACUCGGUCAGCCGCUACGGCAGGGGCCGGAUAUUCUGUGGAGACGUGGGUCAAAACCGCUACGAGGAAAUCAACAUCAUUGUGAAGGGAGGAAACUACGGAUGGAGAGCCAAAGAGGGCUUUGAGUGCUAUGAUAUUAAACUGUGCUACAACUCCUCCAUGAAUGACAUCCUCCCCAUAUUUGCAUACAGCCAUCAUGUUGGGAAGUCUGUGACAGGGGGAUAUGUGUACAGAGGAUGUGAGUCACCCAAUCUGAACGGACUGUACAUCUUUGGAGACUUCAUGAGUGGUCGAGUCAUGGCGUUGGAGGAAGAUAAACCAACAGGAAACUGGAAGGAGAGACGUGUUUGUAUGGGGGAAACAAAGACCUGCUCAUUUCCUGGACUCAUCAAUCACCACCACCAGUUCAUCAUCUCGUUUGCGGAGGAUGAAUCCGGGGAACUUUAUUUUUUGGCCACCGCGUACCCCAGUGCCACGUCUCCUCAUGGAACUGUUUUCAAAUUCAUGGACCCCUCCAGGAGAGCUCCUCCAGGAAAAUGUAAGCAGAAGCCGCUGCCUGUCAAAGUCAGGGGGAAAACGGUUCCUUUUGUGCCGCGAGAAUUGACUUUGCUGGACACGAAUGAAAAACCGACCAGACCACCACCAAGAAAAUUCAAACUCCCCACCAAACCAACGGUGACGAGGAGCAACGUCACGCCUACGACAGCCGCCGCCAGCGAGGCCACGACGGGCGCUGCCGUGAAGCCGAAAUGGAAAUCACUGGAUAAGAAAGCGAGGAAGGUGAAUAAGUUGCAACUGUGGAAGAAAAAGAAAGUGCUAAAAAAAAAGCAGCAGCUGGCUAAAGCACGAACGAAGAAGAAAGCCGUGAGACAGAAAUCCAAAAAGACGACUGCGGUGAUGAAAAGUAAAAACCAACGGGUAACGGAACUGCCAAAGCUGUUUUAAAAGAGACAACGGCCUGAAGCAAAGCACAAUCCCCAUGAGGAAGGUGGCUGCUUCAGUCGGACAUCAGAAAAAACAGCAUUGAGUUGAAAGAAUCUGCCAAACAAAAUCAUUCCUUCAUGAACAAAACUAUCGCUUACACGAUGGGAAAACGCAUAUAUUUUCAUGCGUUUUGGCCUUUCAUUUACACAAAGGUUGUCAAACGUCACAGUA